AUGGUGACCGGCAAAUCGCAACCGGGCGUCGAGCCGGUCCAACUGCCCGCGACAUCCCCCGAGCCUGUUGGUGCUACCUCUCCACCGUCCAAGCGAGACCUGGCGUCGUGGUGGAGACAGUUCAAACGAAACUCGAGAAAAGAUGAGCUGAGAGAACCGUCGCGAGGCAUUUUCGGUGUACCGCUCAACGAAAGCAUCAAAUAUGCCAAUGUGGCAAUCUCCCUUACCAACGAACAUGGCGAGAACUUCAUAUACGGAUAUGUCCCGAUUGUCGUUGCCAAGUGUGGUGUGUUUCUUAAAGAAAAAGCCACUGAUGUGGAAGGAAUAUUUCGUCUCAAUGGAUCCGCAAAGCGCAUCAAGGAUCUUCAGGAGCUAUUCGAUUCCCCAGAACGAUACGGAAAGGGCCUGGACUGGGAUGGAUAUACGGUCCAUGAUGCGGCCAACGUGCUGCGUCGGUAUUUGAACCAGUUGCCAGAGCCUAUCGUCCCGCUAGAGUUCUAUGAGCGUUUCCGGGAGCCCUUGCGAGCAUACCAGAAGCAGGUACAAGAACAGACUCAGACGAGCGAUGCGGAAAAGUUCGACCAUGCGAAUGCCGUUGAAACCUACCAGAAUUUGAUCAUCGAACUGCCACCAUUGAACAAGCAGCUAUUGCUGUACAUCUUGGACCUUCUAGCCGUGUUUGCCUCCAAGUCGGAACAAAACCGCAUGACAUCGGCCAACCUGUCUGCCAUUUUUCAACCGGGCAUGCUGUCGCACCCACAACACGAUAUGUCGCCCGAGGAGUACAAACUGAGUCAGGAUGUCUUGAUCUUCUUGAUUGAGAAUCAAGAUCACUUCCUGGUUGGCAUGAAUGGCACGAAAGCUGAUGAGCAGACUAUCAAAGAGGUCCAGGCCGGCGUUCAGCCCAAGGUUGUCACUCCUGCCCAGCCUGCCAUCGCUAACAAAUCACCCAACUCCACUAUCCGGCGAUCUGCAUCAAGUGCCAGCGGUAGCACGGAAGGUCACCGCAAGCUAGAUACCAUGCGUCGCAAUGCAUCUGUCUCCUCUCGCAACUCACGGACAUCGCGUGUAUCUAACACAAUCCCCAGUCCCAGCACUCCUACCUCCAUGUCUGGCAGUAUUCACCGAAGUAAUACCCUGCCUUCCAAGAUGGGCCCCGUGGUUGCAUCUGCACGAUACGCGCGGGCGGGUGAGAGCGGCUCGGCCAACCCAUCCACCCUCUCAGUCUCUCACGCCAGCUCUCGUUCAGCGAGUCGAGAACCAUCGGUGCGCGAGGAGACUGAAGAAAAGCCGGAACAAAGAAACGACAACCAGGCUGCGCCUACGUCAUCGAUAGGUUCGGCUUAUGUUCACACCUCGACUCAUGGCCCUAUUCCCCACGCAGCCGCCGCGCGCCUUAGUAUCAAUGACCUUCCUCAUCCACAUGAGAACCUCGAUACCCCAACCUCCCCUCCCCGUCAGGUCGUAGCUCCUCAAGUCGUUACCCCAAAUCGUGAACGCAAACUUUCCAAUCUUUUUGCCAAAUCUCCACCUCCCGAUCGCGAUCAACGAGAGCCGCGUCAGCCAAAUCGUCUGAGGAAGAAACGGAUUCCAGGCAGUGCUAGCAUCAGUGCACAAAGUUCCGCAACUUCCCUUCAUGGGCCGUCCUAUGAGCCACCCGCUGAAGCCGUCUCAGAACCCGACAUGACAUUUGGGGAGGUCACCCCAAAGCCUCCCAACACAGCAACUCUCCACAACCCUGAUUACCUGCCAGACUCUUUUCUCAUGCUGGGGGAGGGCACUUCGAACCCGAACCACACUGAAACAUCAUUGCGACCGCAUCAAUCACGUACACCAUCUAUGAAUUCUCGAUCAUCAUUCACGGAUGCGUCAGACUUUGAACAGAAUGAAGAUGGUAAUCGCGCUGAACGCCGAGAUCAUCGCCGUAGCUGGCGCUUCAACCGUUCUGCAAAGCGCAGUAGUGAGCAGGUCGGCCUUGGUCUUGCAUCUCCUCCUCUUGUGGCCACUCAUCCUGAAUUUCAGCAAAGUACUAGCUCAAUCGGCAGUGGGGCCCAUCACAGUAACGACCCUGCUAGUCAGCCCCUCAGCUUGGAUGCUGGGAUUCAAGCAAGUUCAGUAUCAAGUGCCGAACCAGAGAAGAAGAGCUUGUUCGGAAAAUUCAAAGCCAAGGUGGCUCAAGUGCGCGAUGGUGGCCACGAUCGGGAGCGGGUCAAGAGCCCUAGUCGCUCCGACAGUGAGCCAUCUACUGUCAACCAACCACUCUCUCCCACGGCCAAUCACACGAAUGGCAAUCCACCGAUAGAAGUGGCCAGUGAACCGCCCAAGGAAGAGCCAUUACGCUCCCCAGCAUCGCCGUUGCCAGGCGCAGGUCUACCUCCUUCCAUUCCUGAAGAACCGCAUAGUCCAGAGGUGGCAGCAGCUGCCCCUGUUGCCAAUUCAACAAAGGAGAUCCCACUGACAGUCCCCGAGUCCACGGAGCCGGUGACAACCGGGGAAUCAAGCCAAGGGGCAAUCACUAAAGAGACAUGA